AUGUCAUCUCAAACACCGCAAGUCCUGUCUCGGCGGGCAAAUGGGGGAUCCCAAGCGUCAGCUAAUCAGAAUUCGGAAUCAUCAAAGCCCGCGAAUGAAGGCGAGACUCCGAAGCCCACCAAGACUAAAGCUCAUAAUGAGGGCGAGAAACUGGUAAUACGUCGGUUGCCUCCUGGAAUGACAGAGGCAGAAUUUGUAUCCAUUCUUGGUAAUGAGUGGGAGUUGGGCAAGGGAAAAGUUGACUGGUUCGAGUUCGCCCAAGGAAAAAUCUCUACCGACCCCUCAAAACCUUCGCGACCAGGUCGCGCAUAUGUUCAUGUGUUGAGAAAGGAUGAUAUCUUGCCCCUGAGUGAGGCAGUCCGAAAUGCUGUUUGGGAAGAUGCAAAAGCGUCCUUCAAUAACCCAUCUCUGAUCGGCCCACCCGCUGUCGAGUUUGCUAUUUACAAAAAGGUUCCAAGCAAUAAAAAACGGACCGACGCACGUCAAGGAACAAUCGAUCAGGACCCCGAGUUUAUGGCCUUUUUGGAGGAACAGACGAAUCCAGCACCACCGAAAGAAACCUUGGAAGGGGAAGAGGGCGAUGACCUCGGAAAGACGGAAGCCAAAGUCACGACCACGCCACUUAUCGAGUUUCUUAAGGAGAAGAAAGCAAACAAGGCCAAGGACGGUCCGUCUUCUAAGAGCUCAAAGCAUGGACAAGGGGAUUCGAGAAGUGGGAAAGGCAAGAGCUCGUCCAAGGAGGAUGACUCCGGUAAGAAGAAGGGCAGAGACUCCAAAGCAGAGAAGGCAGAUAAAACACCCAAGGAGACUGUCAAGAUUCUCACCAAGAAAGCUGCCGCCGAACAGAACGCGGAGGGGUCUAGAGCCAACCCUAAAAGUCAAGCCAGCGAUGCCAGCGCUCAGGAGGCGGCACCUAAAAGUCGACGUGCCGGAAUUAUGGCGGCCGCUAGGAUAUUUCAACGAGAUCUUGGCCUGAGCCCCGGAAGUGCGCACAGGAAAGCACGUCAAGACGCCGCGAAAGCAGAUGCAGAUGCGAAGACGACACCAGACAAGGAAAAUGCAGGCCCCGCAGAUGCCAAAGCUAGUACUUCAGAACGCCCAGCUUCACCAGCCAAAGCGAUUGAGACUGAGGCCCCAGUUGCAAAGGGCAGAGGCGCCGCCGGAAACUCAAAACAACAGCAGCAAUCAAACCGUAGAACGCGUGGUGGUAAGAACGCAGAUAAGAACAAGGAGAAGGAGGCGGAGAAAGAGAACACCAGGGACAAGGAGAAGAACAAGGGGGGAGCUUCAGGCCAAAACCAAGUGGCCCUUAAUCCCCCCAUUGUUCUCCUUAAGAAGAAGGGUAAUGAAGUCGAGUCCGGUCCGUCAACGAAACCAGCAAGCAGCACGCCUCAGCCGACGCCCACACAAGGAGGCAGAUCGAAGACCGACAAUACAGCUAGUAGCUCUAAAGGCGCUUCUAACAAGGGAGCUAACGCGCAAAAGAAGCCUCCUACUGUCUCUCCUGAUGCUACUCGUGGCUUUGUCAAGCAUGCCAAUCCUUCCCAGGGAGUCACUGAAGCACUGCUCAAGCAGACACUGUCAACAUUCGGAACGAUUACAUUUGUUGAGAUCGACAAACGUAAGGGAUUUGCCUAUGUUGACUUUGCUGAGCAUGACGGUCUUGUAAAGGCUGUUACAGCAAGUCCUAUCACCGUUGCACAGGGCACUGUUCAAGUUCUAGAGCGCAAGGAUAAAAAGCCUGCAAACGCAAACUCGGCUGUGCCCACGACAGCACCAACUGCUGGGACUUCUGCGCCGGAGAAGCCGUCUGGUAGAGGUAGACGUGGACGAGGUGGAGGUGGAGGCAACAAGUCAAAGGACUCUGGUGCCAACAACCAGGGCGCUACUGCCGUCACCACUUCCACUCCCGCAACAGCGAACGGCGGCGGCUGA